UACAAUAAUUAAAAUCCUAUGAUUUUGAAGUAAAAAAUUAAAGUUGAGCGUUUCGUGACCAUGAGUGAAAUUUAACCUGAAAUUCGGCUUUAGUUUCUCCCGGUUGAAGUUCAAGAAGCCAGUUUCAGUGCGUAAACUGCAAAAGCCUCCUCAGCGCAGGCAAAUGACGAGUAGUUCCUACUUCCUCUUUAGCAACGGUGUCGUUUCGCACUCCUCAACUAUUCCUCCGGUGACCACCUUCCUUGAAUCUCAUCCAGGUGCUUACACAACCACACGGUCUCACGACAACGGUUCCUGCCUCUUGUUCUGGGAUAGGCAUUUACACAGACUUUCAAAUUCCGCCAGAAUUCUCUUCAAUUCAAACCCACAUCUUCUCUUCAAUAUUCCCAUUUCUACAGAGCGAUCAUUAUCAUUGCCGCCGCCGCCGCCGCCGAUCUGGGAUUCGGCGGUUAAGGCUUUGGUUGAUGACUCCGUAGGGAAGGUGCUGCCGGUUGCGUUGAGAGAGAGGAAAGAUGGGGAGGAAUUGGCUAUCACGGCUCUUGUAAGUGGGGAUUCCAAGAAAAUGAGGAAAAUUGAAAAUUUGAGUCGGAAAAGUAUUGUUGAGGUGCUUGAUGUGUGUGUGCACAUUGGAAGCUAUGUUCCUCCUGUGUUUGGUGUCAGAGAAAAUGGAGCGCGUGUGGCAGUGGUCGGGCAUGGGAGGGAUAUUGCAGAAGCUAAAUAUUCAGAUUGGGUAAGGUUAAGGAAGCCUCUGGAGAAUUUGAGGCCUCCUUCAGUAACUGAGCUUUUGUUGUCAAAUGAUGGUGAUCAAAUACUUGAAGGUUGCGUGACGAAUUUUUUUGUUGUUUGUCGCAAGGAGAACAGUGAAAUUAAGGGGAACAAUUUUCUCAGUGACAAAAAUUCAUGUCCUUUUGAAGUGCAGACAGCCCCUAUCAGUGAUGGUGUCCUUCCUGGAGUUGUUCGCCAACUAGUCAUUGAAGUAUGCAUAAGCAAGGGAAUCCCAGUUCAAGAAGUUGCACCUUUGUGGUCUAGGCGGGAAUUCUGGCAAGAGGCGUUUAUUACAAAUAGCUUGAGAAUUUUACAGCAUGUGGAGAAAAUUCAAGUACCAAGUUCAUGGGAAUCCAUGGAACAAAAGGCUUUCGAGGCGAUUUCUUGGGAAGAGAAAUGUUUUGGGGAGGAUCCUGGGAUGAUUACAGCAGCUAUCCAGAAAGAGAUUAUGGAGAAGGCAAGUCUUGAAGGGUAUUUAUUGUAGCAUUUCAUGACAAGUGAAGGGUUCUUGCAUUUCAUACCUUACCAGUUGGUAAGGUAGAUUAAACUAGCAUUCCACACCCUUAUCUUGAAUUCAAGUUCACGAUGACUGUGUGUGUUUUGCUGGUUCUGUGUUAGGAAGCUGAAGAUUUCCCCAUCAAUCUUCAGCUUUAAGCUUUCAUGUUUUGUGAGCUCAAACUCUGUUAGAGAUGAUGUGAUGAUUAUUAAAAGCAAUAUGCUAUGGAUUGGUGUAAUUUGCUCUUACAAUUGAACUCCAUUGGCAUGUGUUCAUGAUACAGUUACAAUUAUCUUCUCAUGUAUCUUGGAUAUUUUAUAUUUACUUAUUUGUUCAUUUAUUUAUU